GUGAAUGUUUAGUUCUCUCGUGGCCGACCCAGUAGACGGUCGAGCUUUGUACGUUUCCCAUCGGAGUUUCCUUUUGCUGACUACUGCCAAUUUCGAUUUACUUUCGAAGCACGCGCUUCCUUUCUAUCCGUGAAGAUCUGACUUCUCAGGUAGGAUGAGCAGACAUGAAUGAAUAGUUAUUGUUGACAUUCGAGGUUAGUGUUGCUCUAAAAUAUUUAGUUGUUUUGUGGACGUUGUUUUCAUAAUAUCAGCAAGGCCGGGUCGUGUUGUGACGAAAGGUUGUUAUACAAGUACGCGUACAGUGAAGUGAUAACCCCGUGUGGACCUUGCGGACGAGAUCGAGUAAAUUUUACGGUUGUGUUGUAUAAAAAGGAUCCACGCGUAGAACUUGGAUGUUUUGCCUCUGCACGCAAACUAGCGGAGGGAACUUAGCGGUGGUAAAUUAGACGGAUUCCGAGGCGCACUGUAUCCUUCUAAUUAAAAAAAAUUACCCUUUCUUUGGUGGCCGACGAAUCGAGAAAAAAAAGAACGCUUGCGUGAUUAUUGUGUUUUGAUUACUGAUUAGCACGCGGUGUGCGCGAUAUUAAUCGUCCGCCAACCCAACUGACACACAAGGUCCGGUUCACUUGCAUGUGUAACUUUCUCCGUGGCGAGCAGAGCAAAACUCGUAGAGCUUGGUGGAAUUUUCACCGCCUACGGGAGGAAGUCGGAAUAUUGUACAAUAAUGCGUGAAUAAAAUUUUACAGGAAACGCCGCAGAUUAUGUAGGGAAAACUGGAGGAAGUUUUUCAAAAUCGAUUCAUGCUCCGUGGAAAAGGAAGCACCGGCAGCGAAAUGAAUUGGUUGUAAACAGAGAACAAUCAUUGUUCGUAGCAGCUUGGAAAUUAGCCAUUCAAAAAGUUGAAGAGAAGAAAAACUCAUAUUCAUUAUUAUUGUGUGAAUCAGUGUGUUAAGUAACCACCUGUAGAUUGUUUAUUGGUAGCGACGGGUUUCUCUUUUUGCAACGAAGUCGAUAUGACCAGCACAACAAUGCAAACCGUAAUCAAAAAUCCCAGCUGGUGGCGACGUCGAACUGCACUGGAGAAAGUUCUUACUCUGAUCAGCGUUGUAUGCGCUAUCGCUGUCGUGGCACUGCUGGUUUCACUUCUUACGGUGCUCUUCGCUGAUCGAAUGAAUAAAUCGGACAACGGUACUUCGCAUUCGCCACAAGCUUUAACCGGUUCUCGGCGCGGCAAAACCAUUAAAUUUGGUUCCAACGAGGCGAAGGAAGCGGAUGAUCUAUGCCUGACGCCAGGAUGCAUCCAUUCGGCCUCCAAAGCACUGGAACAGAUGGAUUCCAACGUGGAACCCUGUGAUGAUUUUUACAACUACGCUUGUGGAAGGAUGGUCAAAGAGACCAACAUCCCAGAUGAAAAGGUGUCGGUGAACACUUUUUCGGUAAUAGGAGACCGUCUCCAGGAACAGUUACGUUCGCUGGUCAGUGAAGAAAUCGGCGAGAAUGAAGGAACGCCAUUCAAACUGGCGAAGAACCUUUUCAAGUUGUGCAUGAACAAAACACGUAUCGAAGAGAAAGGCACCAAACCGUUGCUAGAUAUACUGGAUAUACUAGGCGGAUGGCCAGUUCUGAAGGGCGAUAUGUGGGACACGGAUUCCUCCUGGUCCUGGGUUAAAUCGGUUAAAGAUUUUCGCCAGCAAGGUUACAGCACUGAUUACUUUUUCGAUUUUUCUGUUGGAACAGAUUUGAAGAACUCAACCCGCAGAAUUAUUGAUACGGACCAAGCUGCGCUGGGAAUUAGUCGUGAAUAUCUAGUCAAGGGUUUCGAAAGCCCAAUAGUGUCAGCCUAUUACAGCUACAUGGUCGACAUGGCCGUCCUACUGGGGGCUGAGGAAUCGCGAGCCAAGCGGGAACUUUUAGAUUCGCUAAAUUUUGAAAUAGCCCUUGCCAACAUUUCGUUACCGAACGAAAAACGCCGCAAUGCCACAGCGCUGUACAAUCCAAUGAGCGUGAAAGAAUUCCAGCUGAAAUAUCCCUACACCGAUUGGGUUAAAUAUUUCAACGUCAUUCUCAAAGACACUGGAAUAGAGAUUGAUGAAAACGAAGUCAUAAUCGUCAGUGUCCCAAGCUUCAUGGAGCAAUUGGGACCACUACUUCGGAAUACGCCGAAGCGAACUAUGGCGAACUACGUUAUGUGGCGGAUAAGUGGCUUUUCGUCAUUUUUCCUAACCGAAAAGCUUAGGAAAAGACAGCUGCAGUACAGUACGGCACUGAGUGGCAAACAGGAACAAGAACCUCGCUGGAAGGAAUGCGUUGAUAUCACAUCUGGAAGUCUACCGAUCUCGGUUGGGGCGUUGUAUAUACGGAAAUAUUUUAAGGAAGAUUCCAAGCGGGCAGCAUUGGACAUGGUAAAUGACAUUAAGGCCAUAUUUGUUAAUAUUCUUGAAAAGGUAGAAUGGAUGGAUGAAGUCACGCGAAAAUCUGCGUUGGAGAAAGUAGGAUCAAUGGUCACGCAUAUCGGGUAUCCAGAUGAGCUAAUGGACGACAAAAAAAUUGCUGAAUACUACGAAGAUCUUCAAUUCAAACCAGAAGAUAACUAUUUGAACACGAUUUUGUACAUGAAUCAGUUUGGAACCACGAAAGCGUUCAAAAAACUGCGCCAAUCGGUUAACAAAACUGACUGGAUUACUCACUCGAGGCCAGCCGUUGUCAACGCUUUUUACUCGUCGAUUGAAAACAGUAUUCAAUUUCCCGCUGGAAUACUACAGGGUCAAUUUUUCUCAUAUGAUCGACCGAAAUAUAUGAAUUAUGGUGCCAUAGGAUUUGUCAUCGGGCAUGAAAUCACGCACGGAUUCGACGAUCAAGGCCGGCAGUUCGACAAAAAUGGUAAUUUGGUUGAUUGGUGGCAAGCGGACACCAAAAAGGCCUAUCUGGAGAAAGCUCGCUGUAUCAUCGAACAGUAUGGCAACUACACCGAACCAAACGUAAAGCUAAACUUGAACGGAAUUAACACUCAGGGAGAAAACAUCGCCGAUAAUGGUGGCAUAAAGGAAGCCUACUAUGCCUAUCGAAAAUGGGCCGAGAAAAAUGGACCCGAGCCGCGUCUUCCGGGACUGGACAUGACACCGGAGCAAAUGUUCUGGCUGUCGGCUGCCCAAACUUGGUGCUCAGUUUAUCGGCCCGAAACGAUGAAAAUGCGAAUUACAACGGGGGUUCACUCACCUGGACAGUUCCGAGUGCUCGGUCCAAUGAGCAAUAUGGUUGAGUUUUCAAAAGACUUCAACUGUCCCUCCGGAUCACCAAUGAACCCGGAACAGAAAUGUGAAGUUUGGUAGAAUGGCUUGAAGAGCAUGUUUUGCUGCAACGUUCCCUGUGUUCCUUUCCAUUCAUUCUGGCUGAAUCCCGAGUCGUAUAUUUAUACACUUUUGUUCCUCCCAUCGAAUUGUUCGCUCCGGACAAACGUGAUAUGGCAGGAACCCUCAGCCAGUUAUUCAUUUACUUUAUUAAAAGUACUUACAACUAUAAAUCUGCGGUCAUGAAUCUGUUCGCAGAGUAACAAUGUCAGAGGAUUUUUAAUAUAUCAGCAAAAGUUGACAUUUAAAACGCUACUAGUAAUUUAUUCCAACUGGUUUUAGUAAAUAAAAUUGAUUUUUGCCUGAAAAUAUGACAAACAUAUGAAAACAUUUUAAAACAUACAGCUUAAACAUAGGAUGGCAAAAUUCAGAAUCUUAUUAGGAAUGCGUAAUUGCAUUAUCGCAACAGUAGAAGAUUUAAAAUCAAUCCCGAUGAAUUUAAUCUAAAAGCUAUCAGCUUGCUCAUUGUCAGUGGAUGCAUACAUUGUACGUGUUACGACAUCAAAUAGUGAAUUGAUUGUUUCUUAUUUCUAAUACUGUACUGUUUACAAUAGUGUAAAAUAAAUAAAAAGAUGUUUUUACAUAGCGA